UCUGAAGGUCAAAGAUCCCCAGAGAUUCUCAAAGAUGCGAAUCAUCUCUUUGGGACUGCUCCUUUUCAGUCUGACCCUGGCAGCACCAACAUUGCAACCACAGGCUGAGAAAAUGAAGCAAGACACUGUGGAAGAACAGAGGAUAAUGUACAAGGGCCACCAUGCGAAACAUGGGUAUUAUGUUUUUAAGUAUGUUUAUACCUCGUCUGGGAGGAAAAAUCAAACUGAUGCGAAGGAAGAAAAAAACAAAGACAAUAUUGCUCUUCCCCAUUCUGGCCAGAGAAGAAAUCAAGAGCCAGCGUCUCAAGAAAAAGAGAAAGACGUGUCCCUCCCUGGAACCAAUGAAAAUAACAAAAGCACUAAAUCUCAAAAUCUUCUGGAAAACAGACAGACAAUGAAUAAAGACUACAGGAUUAGUAAGAAAGAAAAUGCCCACAAUGACCUGAAGACGUCCAUUUAUCCUGAAUCGACUGGGAAUCGUGGGACUGAGGAUGGAGACAAUGCUGUUAGCAAACUACAUGACCAAGAAGAAUACGGCAAAGCUCUCAUCAGAAAUAACAUGCACCAUAUAAUGGAGCCAGGGACUGUGAUUGAACUCUUGAGGGAAGAAAACAAAGAGAACAAAGCCCGGAAUGUUUUAAGCAAAGUUCCAGCAGAUGCCAAUUAUGCUAAAGCCUCCUCAAAAAUUAAGAAGAAUCACCAAAGAGACUCCCAAGCCCAGAAUAUUCCAGUAAAAAGCAAAAGUACCCACCGUAUCCAACACAACAUGGACUACCUAAAACAGCUCCCCAAAGCCAAAAAGGUCUCCAGUGAUUUUGAAGGCAGUGGUUAUCCAGAUCUCCAAGGGCAGGAAGACAAUAUCUCUCCUUUCAGUGGAGAUGGUCCACCUUUUAAGGACAUUUCUGGUAAAGGAGAUGCUAUUCGUCCUGACCGAGAAGGUACAGAUAUUCAAACAGAGUUUUCCAGCCCAAGUGAAGCUGAGACCAUUAAUCCUGAUGCGAGAGGACCAGGUUAUAAUGAGAUCCCAGAGAAAGAAGGGAAUGGCGGAAAUACCAUUGGAACCAGGGAUGAAACAGCCCAAAAGGCAAAUGCUGCUGAUGUAAGCCUGGUGGAGGGCAACAACAACAUCAUAGGUAGCACCAAUUUUAAGAAACUCUCUGGAAAAGAAGGAAACAGAGUGGAUGGCGGCAGCGAAAAUGCUCAUCAAGGGGAAAUAGAGUUUCAUUACCCUCACGCACCCACAGAAGACAAAAGAAAAGAUGGCGGUAGUGAUGGAGCUGAAGGUACUAAUGAAAUUCCGAAAAAUGGCAAAGGUAGUAGUAGAAAAGAUACAGAACAUUCUAAAAGGAAUCAAGUGACCUCAAAUGAAAAACAAAGAUUUCCGAGUAAGGGCAAAGGUCAGGGCCAGUUCAUUCCUUCUCGUGGUCUUGAUAAUGAAAUUAAAAAUGAAAUAGGUUCCCAUAAUGGCCCCAAUAAUGAAGGGACCAUAAUAACACACAGCAGGAAAAAUUAUUCUGUGCCCCACAGACAAAAUAAUUCUAUGCAGAACAAGGGUGUGUCACAAAGCAAAGGUUCCUGGGGUUACAGAAAGCCCCAUUCCAAUAGGAGGUUUCACCCCCCUAAAAAGCAUGACAGUAGUGAAUCAUCUGACAGUGGCAGUUCCAGUGACAGCGAUGGUGACUAGAAAUUCCCAGCAGGAUAAAGAUUUGAAUACUUGGUCAACUGUGACUUAACAGUAUAAAGGGGAGCCACCUGAUAGCAGAUCAGAUGGACAGAGCCAGGAAUUGAAUAAGCCAAGAAAUCUGGCCACCUGGGGAGAACUGUUGCUAUUUUAACGGUCACAGUAGGAAAUCCUACUCAAAGUUAUGACGCUUUUUUAAGGAAAAAGAAUUCAUUAAGGGUUCAUGGAAUAAUAGGUAACGUUUGAAUAGAUAUCAUUUAAAAAUAGGUUGUGAGUGUCACAAAACCCUUCCUUUGUUGUUUGCUCUGUAGACAUGAAAAACAAUCUCUCUUAUAUGAUAAUCUGUAAUUAAAUGAUCUAUAAGGAA